AUUCAUUACUAAACCAAACGGCAAACUUUCCAAAAGCUACGUCUCCUCCGCGAGUUAAGCCAGUCGGUCAGUCGUUUGUCGAGCGCGAAACACGACUGAUAAUGUUGUGUCUGGGUGGGCUGCACUGUACGUAAAUUUUACAACUUACCACGGGUAAGCUUGUAAAUACAUACACGUGGACUCGAUAACAUCAACAACAUUUGUUGUCCUUAUCAUGAACUACAUUCAUGAUUUCUUUCUUUGUGGAGAAGUUUAUGUUGUUUUGCACCCACAAAGUCACAACCAACACCGUGCCUGGGAAUUUGCUAACCUUGAGGAAGCCAAACCGACUACCUACAUGCGAAAAAUUAUAAGCAGAACGGUGCUUUGACAAGCUAUAGAGUAAAGCAAGCAAUUGAGCGAAGACUUUAAAUAUACUUACAACAACACAACAAAGUUUUUGCGCCAAUUCUUUUCACUCUGCUCUCUGCGUGUGUACGUGCGUUUGUGUACAUUCAUAAUAAACUCGGGUCGAGUGUGUUGUUGCUGUGGUGACAUAAACAUAAGAAUCCACGCUCUAUGCGACGAUUGUUGCUUUUUUUUUUUUCCAUUCGCCAAUCGCAUUGCGUUGGAGACGCUGCACAGACACAAUGACAAAACGCAGCGAUUAUGACAGCCGUAUCAGCAAAGUUAUUAAAGUAAUAGAAAAAAGCAGUUGUGCUAAUUGAAAACGGAGAUAAUCGUAGUAGUAAAAUAAAAAUAAUGAUAAGCGCUGAUAUUGAUACAAAUGAUGGAUUAAUGUGAUAAAUGUGGCGCAAGCUUGGCAGUAUUGAAUAGUGGCCCGGUGUGCAGUGUAUGUUAUGAAUAAGAAACGUAAGAAGUGCAUGAGGAAAAAAAUGAAAAGCUGAUAUUUAAAAUAAUCGCUUUUCCCUUGAGUUUGUGCUUUGUUUUUGUUUCUUCUCUCCUACCCUCUUUUCUAUACAUCCCAGUAUGAAAAUAAAAGUUAUUAUUAACUUAUUGUUGUUGUUGUUGUUGUUGUUCUUAUUGCUGUUGUUGUUGUUUCAAUAGUCAAAAUGCUGUUGCCACCCCAUUCAAUGCGCCUAACACUUAUCCUAGUAAGUGUGUUCUGCUGCUACAUCCUGUUCAUGGAUUACCUGCUGUACAAUCGCAUACAGGACUAUUCCAUCAGACCAGUGAAAAGUGAAAAAAAUUACAAGAGCAAGGUUCCAUGUGAUAUCAACCCAAUAUGCGUGGUGACUGUAAAGGCUCUUAUGUUGGACUAUCCAAAUCUGUACAUUCUUAGUCCUCUGGCAGGUAUAAUUGAUCGUAUAUUGGGCAUAAGCAGUUCAUGGCUUUGGAUAACACCCAAUAUGAUAAGUGGAUUUCACGUGGUAGUGGCAGUGUUGGCUGGGUAUUUUGUGUCCAGUAGUUCUUUAUCCGAUCGAAGAUUGGGAGUAAUUAUGUUUGAAUUUAGAACGUGGCUCGAUGAUCUAGAUGGUCAUGUAGCCAGGAGGAGGAAACACAUAACUGGGGAAAGAUCCGAUGUUGGUUCGGCUGGUUACUGGGUUGAUGGAAUUUGCGAUGGUUUGGGCAGCAUUGCUCUAAUUGUGGGUGUUUUCUUUUUUCUAAAGAAAAAUCCGCCACGCAGAGGAUACGAAAAACUACGCAGGAUAUACCCGUGCGUGGAGAGCCAAGAGGUAAACACUGAAAUCAUAUACAAGAGGCUUCGUUUUAGAGCCUUGGUGCGGAAUAUAUUGCUGGUGACGGGACACCUGCUCAUUGCCUCUAUUGGCUGGAACAGAUACAUUUCCCUGUAUCAGGACCUUUUGGAGACAGACGACAAUUCUCUGGCAAUAACCAAGGAUGAACUUUAUACAAGGCAAAGUGAGAUCAUGAGAUCUGGCUUCUUUUGGGUGGUCACUGUCACCUGGAGACUCAUCAACUUUCACACAGCGGUGGAUUACCUCCUACUGGCAAUAUUUUUCGACCGUCUGUGGGAGUACAUGAAAGUACUGAGGUGGCUGGGCUACGUUAUACCUCUCAUUGUAGUGUACAUAACAGAGUUUCAUUUUCUGGAGUCUUAUGCCUUUAUACUGAGGGGCUCGACUGGAUUUGUGACAAGAUCAUCCGAGUUGAUACAAAAUGUAACUGCAAGUGGUUAGAAACAAGAGAAAAACUAUUGUGCAAAGUUUGUUGUUUGAAGUCGA